AUGAGCAACAUGGUUGCAAAGCUGAAGCACAUGGAUGAUGAUCUGGAGCUUAAGCGUGUACCUCUUGUCCACCUGGUCAUGGCUUCAUCGCUUCAACAAUUUGACACCUUUGUUGUCAACUACAACAUGUCUCCUGAGAAAUGGGACAUAGAAAAGAUCAUAGCCAUUUUUCAAAAUCUACUUGGUGGAUUGACUCAGGAACGGGAGGCUAUAAUAAAGAAACAGCUCCAGGAUCCUGAACUGUCACCGUCUCCAUACGACACGGCAUGGGUGGCUAUGGUGCCCCUGCGAGGUUUUCCUCAGACUCCAUGCUUCCCUCAAUGCGUCGACUGGAUAUUGCAAAACCAACGUGAUGAUGGAUCUUGGGGUAUCAGCGAACUCGUCUUUCCGACCAGCAAGUCUGUUCUCCUAUCAACAUUGGCGUGCGUUGUUGCCCUUAAAAAAUGGGAUGUUGGCGCAGAGCACAUCAGAAGAGGGCUACAAUUUAUUGGAAAAAAUUUCUCCAUCGCUAUGGAUGAGCGGACUUCUUAUGCUCCUAUAGGCUUCAAUAUUACUUUUCCUGGUAUGGUUAGCCUAGCCAUGGGAAUGGGUUUGGAAUUUCCUGUUAGACAAAAUGAUCUUGAUGUGAUUCUUCACAUACAACAGAUGGAAUUGAAAAGCUUCUCUGAGGAUAAAUCUUACGGGAGAGAAGCAUACAUGGCUUAUGUUGCUGAAGGGAUAGGAAACUUGCUGGACUGGAAUGAAGUUAUGAAGUUCCAAAGGAAGAAUGGAUCCUUGUUUAACUCUCCUUCCACUACCGCUGCUGCAUUAAUCUACUAUUAUGAUGACAAAGCCCUCCAAUACCUAAAGUCUCUCCUUAGUGCAUUUGGUUGUGCAGCACCAACAGUCUACCCAAUAAAUGUUUCAUGUCAGCUUUUAAUGGUGGAUUCUCUUGAAAAGAUUGGUAUAUCUCGUCAUUUUUCUAAUGAGAUAAAGAGCAUCCUGGACGUGACACACAGUCUGUGGUUACAGCGAGAUGAGGAAAUCAUGCUGGAUGUAGCAACAUGUGCAAUGGCGUUUCGUAUUUUACGAAUGAAUGGAUAUGAUGUUUCCUCUGGUGAGCUCUACCAUGUUGCUGAUGCCGCCAAUUUUCAUAAUUCACUUCAAGGAUAUCUACAUGAUACAAAAUCAUUAUUGGAACUAUACAAGGCUUCAAAUGCUAGCAUAUCAAAAACUGAAAUGAUCCUAGAUAACAUAGGUGCCUGGUCAGGCAGCUUAUUGAUGGAACAACUGUGUUCAUAUGGUGUGCAGAAAGUGCCAAUCUUUGAGGAGGUGGAGUAUGCUCUUAAGUUCCCCUUUUACGCCACAAUGGAACGUCUAGAGCACAAGAGGAACAUUGAAACUUUUGACAUUCAGGGUUAUCAGAUGCUGAAGACAGAAUACUUGCCAUGUCGUGUCAACAAAGACCUUCUUGCUUUGGCUAUUGAAGAUUUCACUUUUUCUCAGUUUAUUUACCAGCGUGAACUCCUACAUAUUGAAAGUUGGGUGCAAGGGAACAGGUUGGACCAACUGCGAUUUGCACGACAAAGGCAGACGUAUUGCUAUCUCGCUGCUGCCGCUACCAUAUUCCCUCCAGAACUGUCUGAUACUCGCAUUUCAUGGGUCAAAAAUGCUAUACUCACAACUAUUGUUGAUGACUUCUUUGAUAUUGGGGGAUCAAAGGAAGAGCUAGAAAACCUCAUAACAUUAGUUGAGAUGUGGGAUGAGCACCAGAGACUUAAGUUUCACUCUGACAGAGUACAGAUAGUAUUCCGUGCUAUCUAUGCUACAGUAAAUCAGCUUGCAGUGGUGGCUUCUGCAGCACAAAACCGUGAUGUUAGGAAACACCUGAUUGAAGUGUGGAUAUAUACAUUGAAGUCUAUGAUGACUGAAGCAGAAUGGACUAGGGUCCAAUAUGUGCCAACAAUUGAUGAAUACAUGACAAAUGCAAAAUUUUCCUACGCAUUGGGGCCUAUCGUGCUCCCAUCAUUAUAUUUUUUAGGACAAGAGCUCUCGAUGUGCGUUGUGGAAGAUCAAGAGUACGAUGAGUUAUUCAGUCUAAUGAGCACUUGUUGUCGUCUCCUGAAUGACAUCCAAGGCUUUGAGAGGGAGGGCAAACAGGGAAAAGUGAAUAGUGUUUCACUAUAUGUUCUUGACAGUGGUGGUUCUUUGUCCACGGAAGCGGCUAAGAAGGCAAUACAUGACUCUAUAGCGUUGUGUCGGAGAGAUUUGCUGAAGCUGGUUCUGAUGGAAGAUAGUGUUGUUCCUAGGCCCUGCAAGGAGCUGUUUUGGAAGAUGUGCAAGAUAAAUCACUUAUUCUACUCGCAGACUGAUGGAUAUAGCUCACCAGAAGAAAUGAUCAGCACAGUGAACGCAGUUAUCUAUGAGCCUCUGAAAUUGCAAAUUAGCGAUCCAUCUUUGCUAUUAAACCGGAUAAGGAUUUCGUAA